UGAGCAUUGUGAGUGUGAGCUGGAGUUAAGAUGGGUCAAAGAGUCCUGAGGAGUCUUGGGCUCUUCGUCCUCCUUUGUGUGAGCCAGUCCUCGCAGCAGUCAGUCGACAAAUCAGCUUCAGCUUCAAACUCAGCAAGAACUGGUCUGGUACUAGAUGAUAAUGACAAGUCCUCAGCUUCCGCAGCAGCAAAUGCUGUAGCACAAAGUUUAGGUCAUUGGAAUGUUCCAACCAGCUACAGGCCGCCAUACUACCCAACGACACCGAACUAUCAACCGACUAAUCAAUGCUCCUACGCAGACCAAAUCCUAAACAUCAAGGACCCGUACGGAGUGUGCAAGGUGUGCGUCUGUGUGCAGCGGUACGGGUACCUCGAGCCCGUGUGCGGCAGCUGCGCCGACUGCGACUCGCCCUGGCCGACGACGCAGCCGCCGUUCCCGCCUCCGCCGCCGCCACCGCCACCGCCGCCGCCACCACCGCCGCCGCCACCGCCGCCGCCGCAACCAAAAUGCGACCCGAUGCCAACCAACCAGUACUUCCAGAAUCCGUUGGACCCUUGCCAAGUCUGCAUCUGCAAGGUGGUUGAGGAAAUAUUUGGACCCCCUCAAGGUCCCAUCAUCGAGUGUACCAACAACCCGGAAUGCCAAAUUCCCACAACACCACGCCCACCCGGCCCACCACAACCAUUUCCUGUCUGCCAGUUUUACCCGAAGGACGUUUGGUUCGAGCAUCCGCAGUACGUCUGUUUCCGUUGCAAGUGCGAGGGCUCCCCGGUGACAGGAGAGACCACCAUAGAUUGCUACCCUGAUCCUAUGUGCGAAUUAACUACAUUGAUGCCUCCUACAACCAAGGCCCCACCAGUUCCCAACCCACACGUUGAUCCACUACCUGGACCAUCACCACACCCAUCCUGCCGACCCUUCACCCCCGGCCUGGUAUUCCAACACCCGUGGGACCCGUGUCUCGAGUGCAUGUGCAUCGAGGCCUCUGUCGCCGGCAUCGUCAACGUGCAAGUCAACUGCUAUACCAAGGCAGAGUGCUGCAUAAUUCCUCCAGAUCCAGGAACUUAUCCACCAGGCCUACCUCAGCCACAGCAGCCCUCUUACAUCCAACCACCAUCGCCUUAUAACAAUGGCAAUCCUCAGUGGCAAAAUCCACAGUGGCAAAAUCCACAGUGGCAAAACCCACAGUGGCAAAACCCAGGAAAUAUAGGACCAGGACAAAUAGGAUCUUACGCGAAUGCAAACGCUUUCGCCGACAUCCAAGGCACCGGUAACUCUCUAGCCCAAGCCGACGCAGCCGCACAAGCCGCAGCUCAAGCCCAAGUCGCCGCCCAAAACGCCCAGAACAACCUCAACCAGUACCAGUUCUACCCAGGCCAAGAUGGAUCUCAAACAAAUGAAGCUCAGAAUAAUUUAAAUCAGUUCCAACUUUACCCAGGCCAGGAGAAUCAAGGAGCAUCUCAGGCACAAGUCAUAUCUCAAGCCAUAGCCGAAGCUCAGGCAAACGCUAACCGCGGCUUCCCAGGCUACAACCAGGGAGGCGGCGCCGAGUGGAACCAGGGAGGAUUCCAACAAGAGAUCUAUCCAAAGAAACUGAUCAUUCAGCAGCCGAACUCUUAUUACCCGGGUGGUAACCAAGGAUUCCCUGGUGGUAUCCAAAUCAUCCAAGGUGGCCAAAUGAUUCCUGGUGGUAACCAAGGCUUCCCUGGAGGAAACCAAGGGUUCCCUGGAGGAAACCAAGGAUUCCCUGGUGGCUACGGAAACGGAAUAUCUCAGGCCCAAGCCACUAGCAAUGCUCAGUCAUCAGGAUAUGGAACUGCUCAAGCUCAGUCUGACGCCGUUGCUCAGGGAGACUCUCAAGCGAUAGCGGAUGCUGUGGCCCAGAGCAAUGCAGGGUACUCAAAUGGAUGGAAUGGAAUGAAUGGAUUAGUUAAACCAGACUCGUUGAAUCAAGGCGGUGGACUAUCUAACCAAUAUCAGACAGGUUUCAAGGGUCUACCAUAUGGAUUUGGUGGUUCUGGUUCCGUAGCCCAAUCUCAAGCUCUAGCCGAGGGUGAUGUUGGGUCAGCACAAGCUAUGGCGAACGCGUUAGCUCAGCAGUUAGCGUCGCAGGCUGACGCCUCAGCCAAUGCUAACGCAAUGUCUCAGAAUAUGAUGUACCAAUCCCCGACAUCAUACUACUACCCCGGUGGAGGCCAAGCGGGGAGGACCAAUGGAGCGGCGCAAGCAGACGCACAGGCAGUAGCCAACGCCAUGGCCGAUGGAGACGCGUCCGCCCAGGCCCAGGCUUCAGCGGCGUCCGCCAUAAAAGCAGGUGAUUCAGAUUCACAGGAGUAGAAAAUAAUUACUGUAGUACAAAUAGUUCACGACUCAAGCGACUCAGCCAUGGACACGGACUCGACUGCCAAGUAGUCUAACAGUGUGAAGCAAACCGAACGAAAUACUUCUAUUUAUUUCGUAAAUGCUAUUAUAUAGUUCGGAGCAAUUU